CUACGCCACAUCCCACCGGCUCUUGGACUGUGGUGUCCAGCAGCGUUGCCUACGCCAUGGGGGGCCUUGGACCCUCCAACAGGCUCCUGCUCCUGCCUCUCCUUCUGACUGUGGGUGGUCUCAGCGCUGUCCAGGCCCAGAGCGAAUGCAAUUGUUCUGUGGUGAGCCCUGGUGUGCUGGCGGGGAUUGUGCUGGGGGACCUGGUGCUGACCCUCCUCAUCGCCCUGGCAGUGUACUCCCUGGGCCGGCUAGUCCCUCGGGGGCGAGGGGCCGUGGAUGUAGUGACCCGGAAACAGCGCACUGCUGAGACAGAGUCGACUUAUCAGGAACUCCAAGGUCAGAGGUCAGAUGUCUACAGUGACCUCAACACACAGAGGCAGUAUUACAAAUGAGCCCAAAUCAUAGCAAUCAACAACAUGAUACCUGGAUUCAGCCAUUCCUGAUGCCUACCCAGCACCCUAUUCCUACUCCCACCAAGAUACAGAUCCACACAGUGCCCUACCUGAGAAAUCAGACUUUUUCCCAACCCUGCCCACAAAUAAACUUGAA